AUGUCUACAAAUGAAAGGUGUACGGCGAACUGGAAGCAACGUGUUCCGGUCGUUGUUCAGAUCAAUACGGGACCGAAUAUCCCGGCAAUGAACUUGAGGCAAGUCAAAACGGCUGAUUCCAAUGGACGUUACACUUCUAGUAUGAACGCUAUGGAAGCACCAGGGGACAGUGAUUCUCCGAAGGCAGAUGAUCGCGACCAUUUCUGUGGAUGGAAAACAGAAGGAAAGCUCAUGAGCCGAAGCCCAAUAAGCAAGGGUGUACGUCACCAAUAUUUACAUAUAGACCAAUCAAACCGACAGACACCGACCGUUUUCGAGAAACACACUCAUUUGCAAAUCAUUUUGCUUUUCACGAGAGACCUAACUGAAUCGCUCAUUUAUGAUAUUCGACAACUGAAUGUGCUGCACACAGACUGCCUCAUGUUUUAG